AUGAAACUGGAGAUCUUUCAUUUUCCAGAAGGCAUUUGGUCUCCCGGCGAGGGUGCCGGUCUCCAACUGAGCCGAGCCUUCUACAGAAGUUGCCAGAAUCUGUCGCAACGCAGUGAACCCGCCGCUUACACGGCUCUCUUCGGUCACCUGAUGAAGGUGUAUGGCGGCUGGGCUCUGCUGCCGCCGGGCAGCGCCGGGGCUCGGUCUCAGGGCCAACUACCAGGCGGAGGACAGUAUCUCGAACAGCUGGUGGGCCCGAUGCUACGACUCACAGGCCUGAAAGGCUGGCCGAUUUGGGCGGAACUCGUCACGGACCUGUCGGGCGAAGCACAACCGCGAGUUGAGGUAGGUUCUUUUGGACGAGAAAGAAGGUGA